AUGUCUUUCGGUACCAGUGGGGCAUCACAGCUGAACAAAGUAGGCGAGGUGAAUGGUGCUGGCCUGGCGGGCAGUAAUGCCAAUGCCAAUGCCGUCUUGCCACCCGGGGAACAGGAGGCCGUCACAGUCCCAGACUCGAGCAUUUUCUCCAAUGGACAUGGACAUGUCGCCUUGAACGAGGACGGGAACGGAAACGAGAACGACCAUAUUAACAGGCGGGUGGGAGUGGAGGUCAGUGGCAGCAGUAACACACACACCAACACCAACAGCAAGAACGAUACCAAUACCGAUGGUCAUGGUCAUGGUAAUAGUAAUGGAGGAGACCAUCCACCCUUAGAAAACCUCGUGGCCGAAGCCAUCAGCACCGCCUCUCUCAACGCGUUGAGACUCGCGCUCUACCAGGCCACAGGCGACCCGGAACUGGGCAGGAUGAAGGUGUCCAAGCAAGCCAUCCGUGGCGGUGCUAUGCAGGAUUAUGUGUUGUCUGAAGAAGAUUCGGAGACGGUGAGGGCCAAAGCCCGAGACUUCUUGCUGCAUGGCGACGGCGGGAAGCAGGCACCACCGCCACCACCGUCAAAAGAGCAAGCCGAGAAGCUGAUGGAGACAUUCACCGGACAUGCCUUGAACCAGGCGGAGAAAGAUCUCGGGUACGAAGAGCUGGCCUUCACCGACUUCCCGCGCGAACUGCACUGGGACGAGGGCAAACGGCCGUCAGCAGAGACGCUGAGCAAGUACCGGGUGGCCAUCAUCGGGGCGGGCAUCUGUGGCAUCUCGGCCGCGAUCCACCUGCAGAGACUGGGGAUCCCUUAUAUCGGGAUCGAGCGCCAGGCCGGUUUCGGCGGCACCUGGCUCCUAAACACGUACCCGCAGGCCCGGGUCGACACGCUGGGCUUUCUGUUCCAGUACAAGUUCAUGCGAGGCUACCGAUGGGACGAGAAUUUCCCGUCCGGGCCCGCCCUGCUCUCAUAUCUCCAGAAGACGGCGGCCGACUACCGGCUGAAGGAGCAGUUUGUGUUUGGUCGACAAGUGAUCGGCGCCACCUGGGACGAGGCUACGGGGACCUGGGUGCUCGAGCUGGAGAAGGUGCAACAGCAGCAACAGCAGCAGGAGCAGGAUGGAAGUGUGGUCGAGCAAGUCCGAGUCAACGCCAUCAUCAGCGCAUCAGGGCUCUUCAACCAGCCGUGCCUGCCAGACAUCCCCGGCAUCGACGAGUUCCAGGGCCAGAUAUGCCACACCACGACCUGGGACGACUCGUACCACUGGCGAGGGAAGAAGGUGGCGCUGAUCGGCAACGGGUCGAGCGGCGCACAGUUGAUGCCGGAGCUGGCGCGCGGAGCGGCCCAGCUGACGGUAUACCAACGCACGCCGCAGUGGAUGGCCGGGUUCGACGGCUACCGCGACCGCAUCCCCGAGUCGACGCACUGGCUGAUGGACCGGCUGCCCUUCUACCGCGAGUGGUUCGGCUACACGUGCUUCAUGCGCGGCAUGCAGCUGCCGCCGCUGCAGGUGUACGACCGCGACUGGCAGGCCCGGGGCGGCCUGGUCAACGAACGCAACGACCGGAUGCGCCGCGGCCUGGUCGAGUAUAUCCGCACCAAGGUAAAGGGCGACGCCGACCUCGUGCGCAAGCUCACACCGGACUAUGCCCCGUUGGUGAGACGGCUGGUGGUCGACAACGGCUUCUACGACGCUCUCUUGCGGCCCAACGUCGAGUUGGAGACCAACCCGAUCGUGACCUUUACCCGCGACGGCAUCACCACCGUCACCACCGCCGUCACCACCGCCGCCAACGAGACCAGGCCCACAGCCACGCCCACAAUGACUCCAACAACCACAACUACCCGCACCCGCAACUUCGACCUAGUCGUGCUCGCCUGUGGCUUCAAACCCACCGAGUAUCUAUGGCCGAUCCAGUUCCGCGGCCGUGCCGGCGUCACCCUCGACCAGACCUGGGCCAAGGACGGCGCGCGCUCAUACCUGGGCCUAGUCAUGCCCGGCUACCCCAACCUCUGGUGUCUGUACGGGCCGAACCACCAGCCCAGAGGCGGGCCGAGCAUUCACUCGUUCGCCGAGAUCUGGGGCCGCUACGCCCUGUCCUCCAUCAAGUAUAUGCUGCAGAACGACAUCCGCUCGUUGGCCGUCAAGCAGCACGUCUACGACGAGUAUAACGCCCGUCUCGACGCGGCCAUGGCCAACAUCAUCUGGGAGGCCGAGGGGAGGGGGUACUUUGUUAAUCGGUUCGGCCGCCAGGCUGUCAAUAUGCCGUGGACGAGUGACCAGUAUUACGACAUGGUCAAGGAGGUCAACUUUGCCGAUUUCGACGCCCGAUAG